AUGUUUAUAGGAGACACGAUCACCGAUGGGAAAUGCGAGGCGGUGAACGCGGAUUUCUACGAGUUUAAGAAAACGAUUUCUCUGCCUGGCAAAGCGACGCUGGAGAAGAUGGUGAAAGACAAGGCGAACGGCUUAGACAAAGAGAUCACGAAACGGCUCAAUAAAGGGCAAGGCCGUUUCCAAGUGUUCCUCAAUUUGAUUGCCGCCGCGAAGCCGUCGAUGAGCCAGAAGAUGUACUUUAACAAUAGCCAGGAUUGUAAAUGCUGCAGUCCAGAUGCUCCAUCAUCACAAUGUGGCUCGUAUGGAUAUGGCUAUUGUAAUAUCGAGGAUUGUAAGAGUUCGUGGGCUCAUCAAUGUCUUCACAACACCGCAAGAAUUGCCGCCUGUUUUACUGUGGAGUUCAAUUAUCGAAUGACCACUGUGUAUUCUGAAGUGUUGGACUUUUUGCGGGAGAACAACUAUCCGAAUCAAGAGGUCGACUACGCGAGACCUAGAUACCCGGCUCAACGAGAGUCCGCGAAUCGAGGUGAGCACCGAAGGAAUUCUCAAGGCUAUCAAUCAUCACAAAGAGAAGUUCAAAGAGAAGUUCAAAGAGAAACGAUCGAAGAGAAUCGCUCAGAAAACGCGGGAUCAGUGAGCGAGCGAUGUGUGGCAAAAAUGCCUCAAAAGAUGACACAUUUGAGGAGAUAUUGCACGAUUUUCUGGAACGCAAAGCUUUGUUGCACGCAUUGCGGAGAUGUUUGCGAAGAGAAU